AUGUCUACGUUGACAGUUGACAAUGACAACAACCCAUGCUAUAAACCUGCAAGGAAUGAUGAUCGUUUGAAUAUUCAUAAUCCUUGGAUGCUUUCACUAUGGAGAGCUAAUAUUGAUUGUCAACCAGUCACUUCAAAAAAAGCUAUCCUCCAAUACAUUUCAAAGUAUGCUUCCAAAUCAGAAAACAAAUCGCAAUCCUAUAUUGAAAUGUUGAAAACGAUAGUGAAUACAACUAAAUCUAAAGAUAGCAUCUUAUUAAAAUAUCAGAAAUUUAUGAUGGGCAUAGUAGCAGACCGUGAUAUUAGUGCACAAGAAACUUGCCAUAUGUUACAGAAAUUGCCUCUUGUAAGUUGUAGUCGACAAUUUGUCUCUCUAAAUGUUGGCAAAAAAAUAGUGCACUGUGUCAUAAAAUCGAAUAAUGGAACUGACCUUUCCGCAACUUAUAUCCAUGCUUAUAUGCAGCGCCCUUUUGAAUUAAGUGCAACAAGUAUGUUACAGUCAGCACAAGGGUUCUCAUAUAAUUCUCAACGCAAAAAAACAAAAUGGCAAAUCAAGGAUAAAAAAGCAAUUGUGACUGUAUAUCCUCAGUUUAGAGAACCUCCAGAUGAAGAUACCGAUGAGUUCGAGUUUUUUUGUUGGUCUGAGCUGCUGCUGUACAAACCAUUUUGUGACAUCUCAAUUGAGAUAGGAACUUCAAAAGAACAAAUUAUAACAAAUUGGAAAAACUUUAAAAAGACUAAUUACAAUCGUCUUCACAGCCAACAAAUUAUAGAUGAUUGCAGCCCUCCAAAUGAAGAUGACAGUGAUAAUAAUGGUUCUCAAAAUCAAGAUGAUACAAAUCUAUACGAGUGGGAAUUACUGUCACAAAUGGGACCUACAAAUAACUUUACCCAGAAUGAUCUACAAAUGCUAGGCCGCCGUGAUUAUGAUAUUACCUACUUGUGGGGUGCAACUGUUGUGGAUGAUCAAUUAGAUUGUACUGCUCUUCAAUUCAUAGCUGCAACCAAGCUACAAUCCCAACAUGCUAGCAUGCAAAUCUCAACUCAGAACACACAGAAAAUUCAGCUAUCGCCUCAACAAAAAGUUGCACUCGACAUUGUUCUACAACAUCAUAAUAAACAAUCUACAACAACACCUCUACGAAUGAUUGUACAAGGCACCGUAGGCACUGGUAAAUCAUUUUUAAUAGACUGCAUUAGGAAACAAUUGAACAUAUCUGCAACUGUGAAGCAAAACCCAUUGCUUGUUUUGGCACCAAUAGGUGUUGUUGCAUUUAAUAUACAAGCGACAACAAUCCAUGCAGGGUUACACAUACCUAUAAGAGAAAUGCAUCCUUUGACAGGGCAGUCAUUAAUGACAUUGCAAGAACAAUUGAAACAUAUUAAAUAUAUCCUGAUAGAUGAAAUGAGCUUUUUAGGCCCAAAAUUACUACUAAAAAUAGAUAGUCGUUUACGCCAAGCAUUCCCUAAUAGUCAGUAUGAAAGCUUUGGCGGGGUGUCCAUAAUUCUUGUAGGUGAUCUUGCUCAGCUCCCCCUAUAA